UCUCUCUCUCUGUCUACCUGCAGCAGCGGCAGCAGCAGCAAUGGAGACGCCCCGCGGCUCGGCGAAGCGGAAGCGCCCGACCUCGUCUCUCUUCGCCCCCCUCUUCAGCCUCUUCACCCGCUCCGAAGCUCCCGCCGCCGACCCUCGCCGCAAGCUCCCCCGGCGGAACCUCGACCUCCUCCUCCCCGACGACGCCGGCGGCGGAGGCGGCGGCGGCGAGGGCUCGUCUCGCGCCCUCCUCAUCAAAGAUCUCCGCAGCCGGCGCGUCUUCUCCCUCAGCCCGAAGCCGAAGUCGUGCGGCGGCGGCGGCGGCGGGGACCGGUUCGGUCCGGAUCGCGGGGAGGGGAAGCUCGAGGAACCCGGCUCGCCGCCGCGCGGGGACGAGGGCGAGGGUGAGGCCGGUAAGGGCGAUGUGGACGCGACUUUGUCUUCGAUUAUUAGGGAGUACUGCUCUGAGGAGGAUGGUGGGAUGGAUUUGUACAAGGAUGAUGAUGAGAUGUCGGGAGAGGACGAAGGACUCGCACAGGCGGAUUUUUGGGCCGAGCGCGGUGGAGCGAACGACGAGGAAAGCAAUCGGAUGCCCCCCGAUUCGCCCGAGAAGGACGUCGCCGCCACUGAGACGGCGAAGGGAUCGGACGAUUCCGGCGACGACUGCGUCCAGACCACUCCCCCCGAAGCGACGGAUGUAAUCCUGAGCCCGGAUGUGGAAGAAAGUGGAGGCAAUUGCGAACUCCAGAGGGCAGAUCCGCUUUCGGUUGAGCCGCCGCAGGAAUCCUCCCAGGAUGAAGGUUCUGGAGCUGAACUUAGUAAAGGAAACGACGACUCCGCUUCGAAGGGCGAACCGGGUCUUAAUCCGCGUUUUAAAUUGAGAAGAAGAAUAUACAAGAGGCCUGGCUCGAUCAGCUACAGGCGAUUGCUCCCUUACUUGACAGACAUGGCAAUGGAAGAUUCCUGCACUACUAGAGAUUCCGGGAGUCAAAAGCAUGAAAAGGGUAUGGAAGAAAAGCCACCACACGCCUCUAUCAGCUCUGGCUACAAAGAUAUUCCCAUGGAUGAAUCUAGUAAGCAUGGAUCUGACAAACCUAUGGCCACAACUGUUCCCCUGGUUAUGCCAACAGUCGAUAUAUCGAAGGAUAGAAACUGUCCUGACACCCCUGCUAUGGUGAACAAAGACUCGGGCAAUCGAGUUAUUGAUGGCCAGAUAGAUAUUGGAAAGCCUGAAUUGAUCAUACAAGGCUCUACUCUCUGUGCCGAUAGUAAAGUCGGAACUUAUACUGAUGUUGGAAAAGAAAAAGGAGAGGCGGAGGUAAUUGAUGGUAGGCUUUCUGGAAUGGCUGAUGAUUUGAACAGUGUAAAAUCAGUCUCAUCUUUGUCUGAGGAGGAGAAUAUAGUUGAUCAAUGCUUCCAUGAACAGAAGCAUACGAUGGAUGGUGGAAUGAAACGAUUUCAGCUUAUUUCUCCACCCAAUUCCAGCAGCGGAGAAAAUGGCAACUCAAUUUUCGCAGAAACCAGAGGUAGUGAUCGUGUUGUGGUUUUGAAUCGGACGAUUGAUACAAAUGAAGCAAGAUUAAUCCCCUCAUCAGAUUCAGGGAUUUUUGGAGAACCAGGGGUAAAUGAAACUGAAGGUAACAAAAUUAAAAUUGUUACGGCUAGUGCAAAUGGGGUGCCACAGAAUUCUCCUAGCAAUACCAGUAACGUGGGCUACUCCAUUCCUGACCAAAAUAGCGGAAAUUCUACAAAGAGCAAAAUGGUGCUAAAUCCAUGCUCGAGACUGAAGGUGUUCAAAAAUCCAAAUUCAUUCAGUUACAAGAGGAUGCUGCCCUAUCUUAUGGAAAUUGCAAAAGAUGACUCUUGUACCCCAGGAAAUGGUCAAUGCUUGAAACUUCUGACUAGGUCUAAAGAGGAGUCUUCUUCACCACCUGUGCUCUCUGACUCUCAGAACUUUCCAACUGAUAAGUGCAAUGGUGAUCGUGGUUCAGCUGAUCUUAACAUUAGCUCUCCAACAUCAGUGGCACAUGGUACUUGUUUGCAAAAGGAUGAAGAUAUUCUUGCCGAACAUGUCAUACAAAGUACAGAUAGCGAGUACGAAUCUUCUUAUGGUAUUGUGAAUGCGAGAGAUGAAGGGCAUCUGCAGGCAGCAUCAUCAUAUCCUAUUGCUGUUCAUCAAUUGAAAGAGGAUUCCCACACUAUGUCACGUCAGUCAUCUGAACAUGUUGGGGGGUUACAUGGAAAUUCAACACCAGAACUUUCUUCUGAUGCAAAAGAAACAGGAGCAGAGGGACCAAUGCAACAUCUUUCUCAAAUUGGGGCUUCAGAUCUGUACGGGUUUCCUGAUGAAGCUUCAAGAAGGGGAAUUUUGAAAAGAAAUCCGCGAGGAUGCCGUGGGCUGUGUAGUUGUUUGACCUGUGCUUCCUUCCGGCUCAAUGCAGAAAGGGCAUUUGAGUUCUCAAGGAACCAGAUGAAGGAUGCUGAAGAAAUGACUUUUGAUUUGAUAGAUCAACUAUCUCAACUAAGGAGCAUAGUGGAAAAAAUCAACUGUGGUGCUAGCAAUCUUGCUAUGCUGCAGGAAUCUCAGGUAAGAGAAGCUUGUAGAAGAGCAUCAGAAGCUGAAGAAGUAGCAAAACACCGCCUUUCUCAAAUGAAUGAUGAACUCAAUAUCCACUGUAGAGCUGUUCGCUUGCAUCGCCCGAGGGUAAUGUUCAAUGACAGCACAGAAAACCAACUGCAAAGCAAAGGGUCUUGAGUAAUGUCCUUGUUGAUUCUGUUCUAUUUGUGCAACACUAGUAUCGUUUGAAGAUGUUAGGAAUUAUUUGAAGUAGCAAGGUCAGAGAUCUGAUCGGGUCAACGUGAGUUGGGUGCGCUUUAUGGAACCUGGAGAUGAGGGAUGAUACUGGCUUUGACGUGGUCGGAUGUAAAGAUUUCCCAUAGAAUAUGGUUGGAGCAUUGAGGUGCACAUUAUGCAGUCUUAUUUGGCCAAAGCACGAUAGUACGGUUCAGGGGAACGAGUUUUAGAUUCAGAGUAUGUUAAAGCGAGGAACUUCCUGGGAUACUGCUAUCAAGAAGAGAAUUUCCAAAAUGAUGAGUGUCCUGUAAGAAGAGAUCCACUUCCGUGUAUAUUUUGUUGCCACGCUUUGACGACAUUAACUAAUAGGAUAUAAUUAUAAGAUUGUUGCAUAUGAGUUUACAGAUUGCCAUUCUUGUUUUUCUGACCA